GACCUCUAAACAAGAUGGCGGUCGAACACGCAGUAGGAGCGAAGUUCUACGUUCCUCUUGAGAGCGGCGAAGAGGCUGUUCUAGAGUAUUCAGAGAGACUCGACGGCUCUUUAGAUCUGCACCAUACUGAAGUUCCAACCAGUCAAAGAGGCAAGGGGCUUGGGGAGUCCUCGCACAGGCUGCUUUCAGUUAUGCAAAAGAGAAAGGUCUAAAGGUCGUCCCGACAUGUUCGUACAUACAGCACUACACAUCGAAACACCCAGAAUACAACGACAUCAUAAUUACCUCAUAAAUGAAUCAUUAUUAU